AUGGCGUGGAUCAGUCCCAUGGUCAUGACAGCAUUUCUUGCGACGCUCAGUGCUCACUCCACGACUGGCAUCAUGCUGAAGGGCUCAUCCACCCGAGAAGCGGCCGAUCGCCAGAAGGACCACCGGCGGAGGCACAGAGAGCUGCUCUCGGCCGUGAGCGGUGACUGCCGGUGCCUGAACUGGAAGGACGUCUUCACCCAGAGGGGGGUGCGGUGCGGCCAGGGCUACGAGCUCUUCCUGCCCAGGAGCAGCAACGGCACGGGGGCUCACCUGAAGACGGGGCUCUUCCAGUCGCUGUGGGAGCGGGAGCUGUGCGACCGGGUGUUUGCGAGGCUCGACACGGACGGCUGCCUGCAGCAGAACAUGGGGGAGGUCAGCGACUCGGCCCAGGCUGGGUGGUGCUACGUCGGCAGCGCGUGCAGCUCGGACAGGCUCGACGUGCGGAGGCUCUCGGCAGCGGGAGCCCCGCCCCUCCGCCUGCGGAUGUGCGUGCCCGGCGCCGACAGGUUCCUGUACGAGAAGCCGCCCCCGGACCUGCAGAAGUUCGCGUCCGCCCAGGGCCUCGACAUGGGGCACCUCGUCAAGCUGUCGUACCCGACCAUGAGGGACUCCUGGGAGAGGGUCUCCAGCUUCUUCACCCUGAACAGGUCCCUGCACACGGCCGAGAUCUCGGCCCGGCUGAGGCACACGGCCCAGCGGGGCAACACGGUGGUGUGGAGCUCCAGGAACGGGCUGCCACCCUUCGGCGUGACCCAGGGCCUCAACGCUUGGGAGGUGGGCUUCUACCCCCACGCCAGGAGGGCUGUGAUGAGCGACCCGACCAGCGUGCAGGUCUGGGCGCGGGUGACCAAGUUCCGCUGCGUCGGCGGCUGCUCGGGCGUGGAGCUCCCCGACGACGCGCCCGUCGUGAAGCUGUACGAGCGCGCCGGCGUGUUCGCCCUCGGCUCCCCGUGGGCCCGCGGCCGUGGGCCGGUGCAGAUGCACAGGAGGCUGAAGAAGAGGGGCAGGCACCGCAGGGCCAUCCAGGCCCAGACGUGA